CCCGGAUUCAGCGGCAUCACACUGCAGCUUCAAAAGAUGGGCUCCAAGUUCUUAUCUCCGUUGCAUCACCUUCAGCGAAGUACUCCAUGAGCCGCCGUUGCGAAUGUAACCGCCAUUUCUCCCGAUCCACAACCUAUUCUCGACUGCUGGUUCCCGUCGGUUGAAAUGGCCUACAUAGCUCCCAUCCACCGGCCCAGCAGCGUGCGGCAUGCGCUGCGCAGCCAUCUCCUCUCGGACGAGGAGGAGAGCUUGGUGCUUGCACGGGCCAAUCGGUUGGAGGUUUGGAGGCUCUCCGAAGGGAUGCUCUCGCUCGCCCACUCAGAGAUAGUCAACGGCACCAUCUCGAUCCUCCAGAAGCUCCGACCAAAGGAUUCCAGAACAGACCUAUUGUUUAUCGGUACCGACCGGUUUGAAUACUUCACCAUGGCAUGGAACUCGGAGACCUCGCGAUUGGAUACAACGAACCCGAAGAUUGACUACGGCGAGCGGUACAUGCGAGACUCGCAAAGCCAAGACCGAUGUUUGGUCGACCCGUCGGGGAGGUUUCUGGCCAUGCACCUGUGGGAAGGUGUGCUGUCGAUCUUACGGCUGGGGAAUAGAAAGAACAAGGCGACAGUACUCGACGAGAUGGCCCAGGUGCGGCUAUCAGAGCUGUUCAUCCGGGCGAGCACCUUCCUCUACACCGAGACUGGGCAUCCAAAGGUCGCCUUUCUAUAUCAGAGCCGAGCCGACUCGAACGACGCGAAACUAGCCACCUACCGGCUGACAUUGGACGACCGGAAUACCGAGGCCUCACGAUUCGACCCAGAACGGGAUAGGGAGGUCGAUGCGGAUAUGCAAGAUCCGAGCGCAUCCAUGCUGAUACCCGUCCGCAAGGUCGAGGAGGAAGUUAAGCGGCAUAACGUGCGGAACAUCGAGUCGGCGAAAGCACAUAUCGGUGGCCUGAUAGUGGUGGGCGAGACGAGGCUGCUUUACAUCGACGAGGUUACCAAAAUUACAGUCGAGUCGGCGCUGAAGGAGGCGUCCAUCUUCGUGGCGUGGGCUGAGUAUAAUGUACUGAACUACUUCCUGGCCGACGACUAUGGGAACCUACACCUGCUCACCAUUCUGACGGAGGGCGUCGUGGUCACGGACAUGGAGGUCUCCCGCAUUGGGCGGACCUCGCGCGCAAGCAAUCUGGUCUAUCUUGGAGACGACUUGUUGUUCGUCGCCUCUCACUACGGGGACAGCCAGCUAUUUCGGCUCGACCUCCAAAAUGAAGACCCCAAACAGCUUGUGCAGCUCGUGCAGACCCUCCCCAACAUUGGGCCGAUCCUGGACUUCACGAUUAUGGAUUUGGGCAACAGGGAUGAGAGCCAACCGGGGAACGAGUACUCGUCUGGCCAGGCCAGGAUUGUCACUUGCAGCGGCGCAUAUAAAGACGGGACCCUUCGGAGUGUGCGGAGUGGUGUCGGGCUUGAGGAUGUCGGCAUCCUCGCUGACCUCGAGCACUGCCGAGGGCUUUUCUCUGUGCGGUCUUACGGGUCUCCCAAAGCUGAUACCCUCGCCGUGUCGUUCCUCACCGAAACGCGGGUUUUCCGCUUCGACCCCCAAGGCGAGGUUGAGGAGGUAGAGUCUUUUGCCGGCAUGGUAUUCGACCACCAGACGCUGCUAGCGAUGAGCCUGCCGAACGGACAGCUGCUGCAAGUCACAACGGCAGCUGCUUCCAUUCUCGACACCGAAAGCGGUGUCACGGUAGCAUCGUGGGCGCCGGACGGGGAGAGGAAUAUCAUAAACGCAUCUGCAAACAUCCACUGGCUCUUGCUGUCCGUCGGCGGCACAGAGCUCGUGUCACUGAGCUUAUCUGAUGAGCUACAAACUGUCAAAGAAAAGGACACCAGCCAGCAGGAUCAAAUCGCCUGCAUUCAUGUCGCCCCUGAUCUGGCCGACGUCGGCGUCGUGGGUUUCUGGGCGUCCGGCACCGUCUCCAUUAUCGAUCUGAACACCCUGGAACCCAUCCAUGGAGAGUCCCUCCGCACGUCCACGGACGACGCCUCUAUACCCCGCGAUCUUGCUCUCGUACAGAUGCUACCGCGCAACGUAUCUGGACCUACAUUAUUCGUGGCCAUGGACGACGGUAACAUCGUGACAUUUACCGUUUCAAAAGACCUGGCUUUGUCAGGGAGAAAACGCGUCAUACUGGGCAUGCGGCAGGCUCGUUUCCACGUCCUACCGCAGCCCGAUGGCAUCUUCAACCUAUUCGCCACAACCGAACACCCCAGCCUGAUCUACGGCUCGGAAGGCAGGAUAGUCUACUCGGCGGUAACGGCCGAAGAAGCGACAUACAUCUGCCCCUUCGACAGCCACGCCUUCCCCAACUGCAUAGUCCUGGCGACCGACUCCCAGAUCAAGGUCUCACAGAUCGACCGCGAGAGGCGCACGCACGUGAAGCCACUUUAUCUGGGCGAAAUGGCCCACAGCAUUGCCUACUCCUCCAAAGAGAAGGUCUUCGGCCUCGGCUGUAUCAAGAAAGACCUCGUCAACGGCGAGGAAGUCGUUCAGUCCUCCUUCAGGCUCGUGGACGAGGUCAUCUUCGACCGCGUCGGAAAGUCUUUCCCGCUCGGCUCGCCCGCCUACAGCGAGCUCGUCGAGUGUGUCGUCCGCGCCGAGCUCCUAGAUUCCUACGGCAACCCGGCCGAGCGCUUCAUCGUCGGCACGAGCUAUCUCCCCGACCCGGAUUUCGGCGCCGGCACGGACGUGCGGGGCCGGAUCCUGGUCUUCGGCGUCGACGGCGAUCGGAAUCCGUACCUGAUCCUCAGCCACGAGCUGAAGGGCGCGUGCCGCCGUCUGGCGGUCAUGGACGGCGGGAAGAUCGUGGCGGCCCUGACCAAGACGGUCGUGGUGUGCCAGUACCAGGAAACGUCGAGCACCACCGGCGAGCUGACGAAUGUCGCAUCGUACCGGACGGCGACGUACCCCGUGGACCUCUGUGUGAAGGGCAACACGAUCGCCGUGUCGGACUUGAUGAAGUCGCUUGCGCUCCUCGAGUAUGUGCCUACCGGUACGGCGGAGGGGCGCAGCGGGGCGCCGGAGUUGGUGGAGAAGGCGAGGGACUUUGCCAGUGUCUGGGCUACGGCUGUCGGGCAUAUCGACGGUGAGAACUGGCUCGAGGCGGACGCGCAGGGGAAUUUGGUGGUGUUGAGGCAGAAUCUGGAGGGCGUUACGGCUGAGGAUAAGAGGCGCAUGGAGGUGACGAGCGAGAUCAACCUGGGCGAGCAGGUGAACAGGAUACGGAGUUUCGAGGUCGAGACGACGCCUGGUGCCAUGAUUACUCCGAGGGCAUUUUUGGGAACGGUGAGUCUUUCUUCUGCAUGGACGCGAGUGAGUCGGUUUGCUAACGUUGUACUGAUAAUGCAGGUCGAGGGAGGCAUCUAUCUAUUUGGGACUGUGGCGCCACAUGUCCAGGAUUUGCUGCUGCGGUUCCAGGACAGGCUGGCCGAUGUCAUUCAGAUGGCCGGGGCCAUAGAGUUCAAGACAUACAGGGCGUUCAGGAACGCCGAGCGGGAGAAGGACGGGCCAUUCAGGUUCAUAGACGGGGAGUUACUGGAAAGGUUCUUGGACGUGGACGAAGCGACUCAGGACGAGGCCUGUAAGGGACUGGGUCCGACGGUUGAGGACAUGAGGAAUCUGGUCGAAGAGCUAAGGAGAAUGCAUUGAGAGAACACAGGCUACCAGCGUAAUCAUGGCGUAUACGUGUAAAAGAUAGAAAAUAAAGUAAUACACCGAGGCAACUCCGUCCAGGCUUUUGCCUC